AUGAAGUUCCUGGGACCACAUGGGUGUCGGUGGUCGAUCAUCCUGCGCCUCAUCGAGUACUUCAACGUGGUGCCCGCACCCGCCGAACGCCGGAAUGUGCACGAAUCCGACGCGCCCGACGCCGUAUUUAUUAUGGGUCGCAACAACUCCGCCUUCGUCCUCAAAGGAAGCCGUAAAGACGUGAAAGACUGGACGAGUUGUGGGUUGAUGUACCGCGAGGCUCCGUGCGGCGUACCAUCGUCUGUGUGGCAGGGCUUCACUCGCAUGGCUAGCCUGAUGGUGUUGUUGUUCAUCUUCUCAGCGGUGCCAAAUGGAAGCACACUAGAUCAAGUUGCGUUCAUCAUCCUAAACGCAGUUGCGCAGCUCAAUGUGCUUGUUGGGCAGCGGCUGAAUAGUCGGUGGGUGAUGGCAAGACUAAAGAAAGAGGAGGACUCAAAAGUGGAGACCAGGACACACGUCUAUGCGAAAUUGAUUAGGGCGUUCGGGGAAGCCGAGAGCGAAAAGCAGUGGGUUGAUGCGUCAGGAAUCUUGCCCAGGACGGAUGUAUGGAUGGAAUGGAAAGAACGGGUUGUGCACGAUGAAGAUGAUCCGAAGAAGUUGUAUCGCGUGGUUUCAGACGAUUUCGAGCACAAGCGCAAGAGCACCAAUGGAGGUGUACGCGAUAUGGACAAAUUCAUUAAGGUAGAUGAGAAAGGUCACAACGCCGUCGUCACAUGA